AAGGAAACUUAAAUGAUUGGGAGGUGGAUGCACUCCAAAAUCUGUUAGGGAGUUAAUUAUCAAAAAAAAAAAAAAAAACUGUUAGGGAGUUUGCAGGAGGUUCAAGUCAAUCUGAACUCUAGUGAUACUAGAGUUUGGACUUGUGAAAAGAAUCGAUGAUUCACUAUUAAAUCUUGUUGUGCAGCCAGGCUUGGUAAUGGUUUUAAAGUGGCCUGAUCCUGGUUUUGGAAGUCUCAGGUUCCCUCAGAGAUUGUCUCUUUCUUAUGGCUUGCAGCAAGGGGUAAAGUUCAAACAGUGGAUGUUUUACUAAAGCAAGGCUUGACCUUCAAAGGUACUAGUGGUUUAUGUGGGUCAGCUUCUGAAUCUGUAAAUCAUUUGUUGAUUCACUACCUGCUUACUUAUCGGGUGUGGUGUCAUUUCUUUGGGCUCUUUCAUAUCCAGUGGGUCUUACCCUGUUCUGUAGCUGAUAUGUUAUCCUCUUGGAGGUAUGGUGCUUUCUCUGCCUGGGGAAAAUUAACUUCAUGGAAAGAGAAGAAAGAAAUAACAUUCCAAUCCAAUGGACAGUCCACCCUUGAAUUCUUUCCAAUUUUACUAAGAAUUACCUAUCACUGCUAUCAAGCCACCACCUCCUAUACAUCAUGUCUUGCCUAGGAGAAACCUAGCUCAUAUGGUUCAGCAUCAAGAAGAAAUAAAUACUAAGCCAGUUCUAGGGUUUAUGGGUUUACCCUACUUGAACCGACUCAGGGAAGUAGCCUUGGUUGGCCUUGGUGAAACCAACCUUGGUGGGAGUAGCCUUGAAACCAAACCUUCCCUUUUGUACUUUAUGCAAUGAGAUGAGUGAGUAUCCAAUUAUCAAUGAACAGGAAAAAAGGAUUCCUACUUGUGUUAGUAGUCCUUCAAAGUUGGCAUUUGAAUGGGCUUUCAAAAGAAGGCCAGGUAAUUUGGAGAGCAGGUCUAGCUUUAGUGAUCUGGACAAUAUGGAUAGAAAGAAACAAAAGAAUGUUUGAAAAUGUGUAUGUUUCAGAGGACAAUAUGGACAGAAAGAAACCAUGUACACUGUACACAUGGUGCCUAUUGUCAUCUGACCAUGUCACCCAAUUUGUCAGCCUCUUGUUUAUUAAGGUUUUAUUAGCAACUACCAAAACCUUAGGCCACACUCGAUAGCACAUAAAUUGACCAACGAAUUCUGAAAUUUUUUUACUUUUUAGAGGUUAGUAGGAAAAAGUAUGAUUCAGAGGUCAAGGAUGUAAAUCUUGUGGGAUUUGAAGGUUUAAUCUUUAUAGGUCUAUAAGCCCAUGAUAAUCUUUGCCUGGUUAUUCAUACUGCAAGGAGUAUUUUAUGCAAUUAUUUGAGUAUGAGGUUUAGGUCAUUAAACUAGUUUAGGUUUGGGACAUUAAAUGUAUAAAAGUUCAAAUAAACAAUUCUAGCUAAAACAGAUUCACAAGCCUUGUUCAUUGAUUUCAGCAUCAUUAAGUAUAAACCUGUAAAAGCUUUUUCAGUACUUCAGCAUAGCUAUUGCAUGCUUCUCUGUUUUGUUUCAGGUUAUUGCAUGUUGUAUGACCAUAGAUCARAACUUUGAGAGAUGCAAAUACAAUAAAAUUUGUAUCAAUGUUCCUAGGUUAGURUAUAUAAUCUGAUAUAUCACAUACAAUCUAGCUCCAAGGUAGCUUCCUACAAUCAGUCACUUGUUUGUCUAUAAAAAUUACUUAUUUGUUACACUUGUUUUUGUUUUAUAUGGUGAAUAUAUGAUAUUAGAGAUGUGUCCAAAUGUUUUCUACAAAUUAUUUUGUAUUUCUUAUACUUUUGUGUGUUUUAUUGCUUCCUUUCUUUUAGAACACUAGAAAUAAUCUUUGUUUGAGGGUGUAUUCUUCAUAUUCAUACUUUCAUAUGCCAAAAAUAUUGAUAAUUGUUUAUUUUUAGAUAUAACUUUUUUUCCUGAAAGUGAUAUAGGAGCUGACAUGUCAAAUAUGAGAUUUUCUAAAUAUAUAUUGAUGGGUAGUGUGAUUAUUGUUGUAAAAUUUUGAAGCUUUUUUUGAGUCWUUAGUUUUCCUAACUGGUAUUUGAGUCAUUAAAGAGAGUAUUUACUUUUCCAGCAUGUAAAUUAUAUAGGCAUUCUAGAAUGAAUUCCCCAAUUUAUCUAUUUAUUUAUUUGUUUGUUUAUUUAUUUUCUAUGAAUAGAUGGAUCAAAAUUUGCUUUAUAAAAUUGUUGGGGCUGCAACUGCUAUGGUUGCAGUUACAUUUUCAUUGUUGCAAGAAUAUGUGGAUUAUAUUGAUAGGGAACCAUCCGUGAACCGGGAUUUUGAGCGAAGGGAUUUAUUGGAUAGAUUAUAUGGACAAAAAGAAAUAGAUUGUUAUAACCAAUUGAGAAUGGGAAAAACAGCCUUUGCAAGGCUAUGCAAGAUUAUUCGUGAGAUAGGAAGAACACAUGAUACAAUGAGGUGCACGGUAGAAGAAUAAGUGGCACGCUUCCUACACAUAUUGGCACACAACAUUAGGAAUAGAACAAUGGGCUUUUAUUUUAGUCGGUCUGGUGAGACUGUGAGCYGUCAUUUCAACAAUGUAUUGAAUGCUUUGUUGAGCUUGGAGGAUAGGUACUUGAUUCAACCAAGUGGUACUGAAACACCUCCAGAAAUUAGAAACCGACAUGAUUUUUGGCCAUAUUUCAAGGAUUGUGUUGGGGCAAUCGAUGGCUCACACCUCCCUGUGAAAGUCACUUCUACUGAUGUUGCUAGGUUUCAAGGUCGUAAAUCUUAUCCCACACAAAACAUCCAUGCUGCAUGCACUUUCAAUUUGUUGUUCACAUAUGUAUUACCUGGUUGGGAGGGUGCCGCAUUGGAUUCUCACAUGCUUAACAAUGCUCUGAGGGGAGAGCAUAAAUUAGAGGUCCCUCAAGGUAAAUAUUAUCUUAUAGACGCAGGAUUUUCAUUAAAGACGGGGUUCAUUACACCAUAUCAAAACACAUGAUACCAUCUAAAGGAAUGGGGUGCACAUCAACCUGAGAACCCAAAAGAACUAUUCAACCUUCAACACUCAUCACUUAGAAAUGCCGUUGAACGGAUCUUUGGGGUAUUGAAGAAAUGCUUUCCAAUCUUGGUAUCUCAGCAGCAUUACCCUUUUAAGUCACAGGUGAAGAUUGUGUCUGCAUGCUGCAUCUUAUACAACCAUGCCAUGGGUGUGGAUCUGUAUGAUUUCAUCAUGCGUCAGUAUGAUCGAGAAGCAGUUGAUACUGAGGAUGAUGUUGGAAUUGAUGAUUUAAAUGAUGAUAGAGCAGACAAUACACAAAUCUCCCAGCUAUCUCAACGAGCUAGUAGAAAUGAACAAUCAAGGGAAGGAAUUCGUCAGAGAAUAAAUAGCUACCCAAAUGUGGGUUGAUUAUGUCUUGUAUUGAUCUAGGGCUCGGCAUUAAUAUAUUCCUGUUGUU